CUGGUCCGUGCCGAAGAGUGUGCCACACAGUGCCGAACGUUCCUAUUUACUCGAAAGUACUCGCGUAUGACUUUGCCGAGUUCGGGCAGGAGAAGAGAGUUGGCGAGUCCGAAGGAGCUAUGCGUGCCAGGUGUCGCGCGUCUCGAGAGUCGGUAGCAACGGGCCGCGCAUCGAGGAAGACGCCGGAGAGCCAGAGAAGAUCCCGUAAAAGAGAAGUACGUUCCGUGCGCAGGUGUCAGUGGUUUUGCACGCGCGUGCACAUACAUGCUCAAUGAACGUACUCUCGGUCCUCCGUCGCUUCGCUCCCCUCCAUCCGUCCUUGGGUAAGGUGGCUCGGACCGAGUCGGUGCCCUAGGAGACGUCGUCGGAGCGACGGGUUUGGUUAGGAAGUAUGGGAGUGCCGCCGUCGUCGUCGUCCUCGUCGUCGUCGUCUUCGUUCACUUCCUUGGCGAGGUAGAGGUCCUGCGCGCGCGUCCUGCUCGUGUCGUUACGCCGACGAUAACACCGACGUAGACGACACCUCUUCCCUUUGGCUCGGUCAAGGAUUUUUGUGCCCUAGGUCCUGUUGCAGCUUGCCUCGUCUUGCCUCUUCUUGAGUGCCGGUCGGGCCUGGGUCUAGACGGAUUUGGAAAGGACGGGAGCGACCUUGGAGUCUACCUCGUAUUCAAGGUUUCUUCCUCUUCUCUGGUACCGGGCCGUCCAACGGAGCGGACGCUACUUUCAAAGCGAUGGAAGAUCCCUGACGAGCCUAGGUUGCUCAUCCGAUAGAGCGGAUUCGACGAAUGCGGCUUUUCAUCCGUUGCAGGAGCUCAGAGGAUGCAGAGGCCGCAGGACCCGGAGACUCAUUGGCGGUGUACGCUGUGGGCACCGAUGAUGCCGUUGACGCGGCACUCUACCCCGCUAGAUCCGGACCAUGGCUGGCAAGUCUGAGCAGCCUUCCGCUCGCUCUACUCCCCCGUGCCAAAAUCGUGGUCGACAGACGGUGCGAGAUAUCCAUCGGAGCGGUGUUCCAGUCUUCAGAUCGGGGGAGCACUUUGCAUACGCGGCCAAGGCUGGACACGAUGAUGCAGCUUCUACCGUACAUCCUGCUGCAAACAUUGGUAUCGUCGCUGAUACAAUGGGUUAUCAGUCGCCACAGUCCGAAACCUACACCGACGACGCAUCGCCUCGAGUGUCCUGCGUGGAUACCGGAAGCGGGAACGGAGACGGCGACGGAUGCGACGCCGACUUUGACGCGGAGACGGAGUCGGAGGUCAAAAGGAUCGACGACGACGACGACGACGCUCGUUGCCGAAUCGCGAAAACUCUCGAUUACUCCGUCGGUUUCGAGGUUCCGAGAGACCGCGGCGAGGCGGGGCGCCCGUACUCCGUCGGAAACGUAAAGGCCGACCGCGGCGAUCGCGAGAAGCGCCUUCAAGGCAAGGACGAUGGCGAGAGGACCUACGCCCUCGAAUUUGCCGAUCAGCGGCAGGAGGUUCCGAUCAACGGCUACGCGGCCGAGACGGAGCGGAAUUCGAUCGACGCGUUCAACGGCGCUUUGCUGAGCUGCGAGCCGUCGCUCGUCUCGCGAGUUUGCCCUCCGCGGCCGAGAAUACCCACCGAUCCCGGUGCCGACUGCGGCGUGGACGUUUUGACCGGGGUCCGUGGCGUUGGCGAUAACGACGGCUACGGGAAGAGGUACCUCGCCGGGAAGGAUCCCGUCCGCGCGAUCGAGACCUUCCCCCUAGUGGUACCUUCCGGAGUUCCUCCGGAUCCUCGGGCGGGAUAUCGCCCGAUAGACGAUUUGGCGUCGACGGAGAACGUCGGAACGAAGGCGCGCCCCGAAAGCCCGAGCGGGGAAGUCGGCUUCGGAAGCUACCGCGAUGACAGCCGGAGAAACGCCGAUCUCGUCCUCGGCGGUCGCUGCGACUCGGCUCGGUCGGAGUACGACGGCUUGAGCAGCCCCGAUAUCCUUGGGCCCGAGCAAAGAGAUGAGCAGGAAUCUGGUCGCAAUCUGUGCCGGUCACAUGACGCGAUGGUCAACGGCUCGGGGGCGCAGCAGGCUGCGCGCUCCGUCCCAAGGAUGGCCCCGCAACGCGCUCCUCUCUCGACCAUGAGAACCACCGACUUCCCCGCGACGCAGCGGAAGCCGCAACCGACCGUCUCCACUCCUCCGGGAUGGAAGCGAAUUUGCACCAACGAUGUCAUCGUUUACGUCAGCCCAAGUAGUACAGCGCUGGGAUCGCUGGAUCAGCUAAAAAAGUACCUGACGACCCCGGGAACAUGCAAGUGUGGCCUGGAGUGUCCUUUUAGGCCCGAACGAAUCUUCAAUUUCGAUCCAAAGGUAACAACGAGGUCGUGGGGCGCAGAUCAAGAAAGAACGCAAGAAAUGACCAAGCUCUGUAACCAUAAGAGGAAAUCUUUGUUAUCCGGUAUAGUGGUCAAUUCAGCGGUUCCAUGUACUUCCAGUAUUUCUACCGGAUCGUGUACAUCUCACACGUUACACGAAGUCGCGGACUCGCCUACGUCUCCUAGUAAGGUGUCAAAAGAUGGUUUGAGCAACAAGAAGAAGAGGAAGCUUGGAACCGCGGAAGGUAUAUGCUCCGAAAUAUCUGUUCCCAACAAUGUUACGCGAGAACGGAUACCGACCGAUUCGGCAGCUUUGCAAGUUCACAAUUCACAAAGCUCGAGUGCAUCACAGGUGUGGCCAAUCGCUAUUACCAAUCUGGAUAUUCAACAAAAUAACAAACACAUUAGUCAACAAGUUCUGAACUUCCCGCCGCAAACUCAAAACCGUAAUCGAUGUCUGGGAAGAAAUUCGCAACGACUCGGACAGCAUGUCACAGGCACGGUGAUGGACAAUUCACCGUUGACGAAUAAGUCGAUUUCAAGUCGCGCCAACGUAACCGCUCAACAGCAGCAACAGCUUUGUCAACAGCAGCACUUUGUCCAACAAAACGUCUCGCAACAACAGCACUCCCUUCAAGAACAGUUGCUGCAUCAUCAGCAGGUGCAACACAUGCAGAUACUGCUCCAGCAGCAGCCAGUUCGUCAACAACCUCCAAACGUUCUCUCCAACCAGAUAUCUUACCAGCGAGCUGCCCCUUACGUCAAUCAAUUAAAUCAGCACUCGUUUCAUGUUAUGCAACAGCAGCAUUUGAACCACCAACAAAACGUUAAUUUGCAAUCUCAGAAGUACAAUUUGUGUUUGCACGAGCAACGCGUAAGUCAAGAAAUCGAUCAGCAGCAACUAAAAGGCUGCACUCUCCAGCAGCCCGUCGAAUCUUUCGAUCAUCGCAUGAAUUCGUCAUCGAGUACUUCGGAAAAUUGCCUGCAGCCACGAUUACAGCUGAAUCAACGCCAAGGACAGCAUCGGACGAAUGAAAACUUGAUACAGAAUUUGUCUCCCGAACAUUAUCAAAUUCAGCCUCGGUGCGAACAAGCAUCGCAGCUCUGCCCUCCGGAACGGUAUCCCAACCAGGUGAGACCCUUAAACGCCGCGAGCAUCGUCGAGCCUCUAAAAAAUGGAAUUCAGUCGGUAAGAGACGAAGACGUGGUUGAAAAAACGGUACAACCGAAAGUUUUGCUGCAUGGUUACGAAGUUCAGCGACAUCGUAUAAACAAAGGUAGACAUUCUGGGAACAAGCAGGACAAUAUGCGAGGAUGCAGCCAACACGAAGUGCAAUAUCCUUCGACAAAUUUUGAGGCGACGAAGAAUUCUACGUUAAAUUUGAAAUUGAGUCAUCGACAUCAUCCAGUGGUCAGCCGCGUGGAAAAAAAUAAAAAUAUCGUCGGUACCCAAUCCGAAAAAGGAUCGACCAAGCAUUCCGUUGGGAUGCACUACGACACGAGAACCUCGUCAUGGCAAAAUAGUAGAAACAACGCAGCGUCCGCUCCUGUAACCAUUCAGAACGUUGUCUGCAAUACUUUCGAUCGCGUACCUCCUCUUCAUCAUCACAUCCCUCCGGCGGCCGUAUGGGUGGACGAAGUCGCCAGAAAAAAGAUAAAGACCGGCAAAGUUCUUUCCAAAAGACAGCGCCAAAAUGGCAUAGCGGAGACAAGAAACAACGUCGGGACCUCGGUCAGUCCGGGAGAGCCGUGCUCGGAUAAAAAUCAAACCGCGGUCCAAGGGGAAUCGACCGUGAGCAGCAGUCCUUCCUUCUUGGACGAUCCCAGCGGGUAUUUGGCCCAGCAGACGGCCCUGUUGAACAGCACGAUAUCCAGACAGACCGGCUCCAAUACCUCCCAAGUGUUGGCAUCGAACAACUUCGGAGCAUCUCAAGAGGCGAACUCCGGGCCCUUACCCGGCAACGCGUACUUCCUUCAGUCGAAAGCAGCCGGUGUCGAUCAUUUCGUCGGCACGACCGCGUGCAGUUUACUCAACGCCAACGUAACGUCUCCCGUCGAGGUUCACAGCAGCGCCGUACCGGUAACGGAGGCAAGUACUGGAGACCGCGAAGAAAAGUCAUUCGGAGGUUGCAUCUCGAGUGCCGACCCGCAGUCGUGUUUGCAAGACCUAUAUAAGCACGGUCGUUGUCCGCGUUCCACCUACGGCGACGACUGCGGGACCUUCGACGACGGAUCGUCGGUCAAUCGGCAGGUGGAUUCGAGACCCAUUCAAGGCGGCACCGUGAGUACCAGUCACGAGUCUCCGAUCGGGGCCAAAAGUCCCGGCAAUCCGGACGCCCCGUCCGAUGCGACUCCGAAAAAUCACGCUCCGGUCCAUCGAGCGUCCCGAAAUUCCUCUCAAGCUCCGAAGCAACUCCCCUACGCGAAUCAAGGACAGCGAUCGGCCCUCGAUCACAGAGAAGAACGCGCGUUCUCCCCCAACGCGUGUUCCUUGGCGACGUCGUCCGAAACCGCGGCGGGACAGGCGUCGGUGCUCGACGGGUAUCGAAUGGCGCGAGCCUCGACCACCCUGGGCAGUGGAACGUCCGCGGUUAUAACGACGAUGGCAAGCGGACACACCGUCAGCAGCAACACGAUCACGUCCGUAUUGGCGGGUAGAGCGAAUACGGCGACCGUGUCCAUAAACACCCCAUCCGUGAUACCGAAUCCGGCCAUAUCCAACAUGCCGUCGAGCAAAUUGACGCAGUCUACUUGUUCGAACGGUACGCCCGCCUCGCUGGUGAUGCCCAACUUGAGUCCGAGCCCCGUUUCCCCGGAGCAGAUGUCCACCGUAGGCGUGUCCAAGUCACCCCUGGAAAUGGUCCAAAGCGUGGUGAGCAGCAUUCAAGUGCCGCCGGAUAACGCGCGGCCCGCGCAACCGUCUCAGCUGCGUCUCCAGCAACAUUCUCAGUCGAACGUUCAAGUGCAGAACAUUUUGUCGUCCGGGGGAAUACUGAAGCACUCGCCGGGUUCCAGUUUGCCUUCCGGACAUAUACUCGUGUCGAGCGGAGGUCAGCUGAUAAUGGCGAACACCGGUUCGGGGCUCAACGGCGUGAUGGAGCUGUCGCCCGCGAAAAUGAUGUCAAACUCCAGUUCCGUUCCGCCGAUGGUGACCAGCGCGAGCGGGCCGGUCGGCCAGGUGAUUCCAGCGGUAGGGGUGGCCCAACAAGUGCUAGGGCAACCGACCGUCCUGGUCAACGCCAUUCAAGCCCCGAUGCUGAUCCAGCCCGGCGUAAUGGCCGUGGACGGGAUCGGGCAGAACGUGCCGAUUCCUCAUCUCACCGUUGCCACGGGCAACGUGCUGCACAACGCGUCCUCCAUUCUGGAGCAAGACGUCUCCAGGAACCUUGGGCCGAAUCAAGGGAUGCUCAACAAACAGCCGGUGUUGAUGUCGCCGGAGUCUUCUUCCAGCAGGAAGAAGCCCUGCAAGAAACGAAAAGGGAAUUCCCAGACGGUGCUACACAUCGCGUCUUCUCAGCAGAACGCCGGAGUGCUCGUUCAGUCGCAAGCCAACUUUUCUCAGCAGAACUUCCAAGCGCAGAACAUGGACGGACCCAUGCUGCAGGCCCUCACCAUAGUGCCCGGGAAAGCCGGAGCCCCCGCCCAGUUGGUUAUAAACGGCCAACCCGCUUCGAAUUCCGCGCAGUUCAAUUCUCAGCAAAUCAUCGCGAAUCAGCAUCCGCCUCAGCACAUUAAUUUAUUGCAGCCGGUUAAUUUAUUGAACAACCCCGCCGGGAUGGUAUCCAAUUUCCCCACCAUUCAACAGUUCAUCGUCCCGGGGCUGGGAAGCAUGGUCAUGUCGGCGGACGGGACGGCGACGCUGUUGCAGGACACCGGGAACAUGGGGAUGCAGCUGCAGAUACAAAACGUUAACGGCCAGAACGUGCUGACGCCCGUGCAGAGCCACGGAGGCAUCUUCGGUCCGAGCCAAAAUAUUCUGGCUGCCGGUCCAGCCGGAAUGGUCAUCCGGACGUCGCAGACGAGCAACGGGAAGCUUCUCCAGCAGCACAACUCCGGGGCUCAGUUCCUCUCGUCGAACAGCGGGCAAUUUUUAGUCAACGGCACCACGUCCUUCGGGAACCAGCUGAGUCCGAUCCUAGCGAACGUCAGUCCGAGCCACCAGCUGACUUUCAACGCGUCGCCCGUGCGGUCGUCCAACGUCCAAGGACAGCAGGAUUUCAUACAGAUGAACGGACAGACGCUGAUGGUCCCUUGCGCGACGGCGCAAAACAUGAUCGUUUCGUCGGCGUCGAACCAGCAGAGCACCACGUUCGUCCACCAGAACACGACGAUCGUUCAGCAGCAGACGACGAUGCUGUCGAACAAUCAGAUCCAAGGUUUCCACUCUACGGCCGACGGCGACGGAGGCGGCAUGGACCGGAACCGGUCGUACGUCUUGGGCCCGGGGGGCACGAUCCAAGAGAAGUCGUCCCGCUCGCCGAAGAGCACCGCCGGGUCGCCGCCCACGGAGCGGAGUCCCGAGCAGCGGCCCUACGUCCUGGACAAGUCGGGCCAGCGAGCUAGUCAAUACGGUCCCUCGAUGGUCAAGCAUUCGGUGUCCACGCAGACGGCGGGGAAUCAGACGAGCGCCGCGCAGUCGACGGGGUCGAGGCAGGCGUCCCCCCCGGACACGACGACGCACAGCCCCGGGAGCAGCCCGGCCGACACGACCACCCCCGGAGCCGCUUCACCCGCGCCCCUGAGACAUCGGUCGUCUUCGACGCCCAUGGUUCACUGUAUCUCGAGCAGCGAGCCGGACGCGGCCGACGCCCAGUCGACCGAAGAUUGGCCCGUGCCCGACGCGUUCGCUAAGGAAAUUUCUCUCGGACGGGCGGACGCGCACGAGAGGGCAUACGUAGAGUCGACGGUGACGACGGGGAUCCAGAUCUAUUCUACAAAUACCCUGGUGCAAUCCGAGAGGGUCGUUAACACGUUGGGGUGCAAUGAUAAAGAUCCCGCGCUCGGUCGAGGAAUCAAACGAAAGCUGGCCUCUGUCCGUUUCGUGCAUUCCAACCUGCUCGGAAACAAGAAUGGAAACGAAGCAGCCACAAACGAGUAACUUUGGAGAAGACGGACCGUGAAACGGUAGAGUAAGAGGUAACCGUAAACAUCUCAUCUUGCCCGACGCGGCGACGAUCGUUCUCCCUUGCGACGCAAACGUGUCGAGUCCUCGGCCGACGUUUUUUCUUUACGACGAGGCUCUGACCGCGGAAUUUUACGCCGUGCCGGAAUCUCGGAGGACGAGUGGGACGAAAUUUCCUGGCUUAGCAAUGUAUGAGCCGAACGACGGAAACUGCAUCGAGAAACACUGUGAAAAAUAAAGCGAUACCUCAAGACUUUCGAAGCGACUUACGUAAUUCUGUCUGACGAAACUUUCCUCUUAAACGCGAUGUACAACGUUUGUAAUAACACGAUAUUAUUAGAAGCUGAAAGAUAACUCGCUUUAGAUAGAUGUCGCAGAACGCGAAACAUGCCGUAGUGAUUGUACGUAUACGUUGAUUCGACGAAAACGAUAACACGGUACGUUGUCUACGGACCCCUUCCGGAUCUGGUCAAUCGCCAUUUCGCCCAUUUCACCCAUUUCGCCCAUUUCGCCCCAUUUCGCCUACUUCGCCCACUUUGCCCACUUUGCCCACUUCGCUCACUUUACUCAAUUCGCCAGGGGAAAGGGAAGAUCCCUUUCCGCUCUCGUGUCGCCGCGUAGUAUUUUCUUUUGCGUCUUCCCGCUUCAUCGAUAUGUAAAAACUGGAUACGUUAGAAUAAAUUGCGGAGAUGAAACGUUGCGACGCUUUCGGGCAGCUUCCUGGGCUUCCUCUAGGAUUUCGCCGGAACUCCCGGGAAGCUUCCCGUUGGGCCCCUCGUCCAUUCUUUACGCGUAGCGACGCGCGCGAAGGGAAACGUACGUUGUCCCGAAAUUACCCACAUCCGUUCCGAACGGGUUCGAUAUCCGUAUCGAUCGAAUUCCCGCGUUAUGCCGACUUUUCUCGCUUCGGGAUCGGCACAGGGGGAGGCGAGAUGUAAACGCUUUCACCGAAAUUCGAAAGAUUAGCGUAAUACGGAUACCGAACUUACGUAGAACGGACGUUUAUAAAACGACCUCGAUACGUCAGACUGAAAGUUUCGGACGUAUUCCCUGUUUUUGUUCACUACUUCUCGCAGUUGUGUAUACUUGUAUACUGUGUACUGACUUAUUUCUAAUCUAAGUAAAUGGUUUUUUAAAAACGA